AUGUCAGAGGCCUAUAUUUUGGCUGCUCUUGAAUUUUUAAUUCAGUUUGGGGGAAACCAAAAUGUUUCAGACUUGUGGGCACAUAUGUGCAACAAAUUUCAUCAAGUUUCUGAUUUUAAAUAUGGCAUCGGGAAAAGCAUUCACACUUUCGAAAGAUUUCUAUCGUCUAACCCCUUAGUAUUUAACGUUGUUAAUAAUGUGGUCUGUCUUACUGAUAUAAGCAAUCCAAUGAGCGAAGAAAAGGCAUCCUCAAACCAAUUUAUCAAUCGUGGCAAUAAUUAUUCUAAGAGUGUAAGGAAUAACCGGAGUAAAUACACAAUAGAGUCGGAAGCUUCUGCUGUUAGGUACUUUCAAGAACACUUGCUGAGGAAACCUGAGAGAUGGGUACCCAUUAAGAAUUUAGCUGGUCAUUUAUCACAAGCAUCUCCUCACAUUAGAAUCAGCGUAGGUCCUCAGUCUGAAUUUGUCGAGUUUCUGAUGCGGCAUCCUUUGAUAUUUGAUAUUCAAGGCGAUCUUGUUGGGCUACGGGAUAAAUUUAAGACAAUCUGUUCUGCAGGUCCACCACCCAGUCACAGAAGAAAAAUACAGCGACCCCUGUCAUCUCACAUACCUGAAGAUAUAUAUCGAACAGUGCCGUAUCAUUGUGUAUCUAAUGGUUCUUCGAUUCCUCCACCAACCAGUCAUGAAGAUCUGUCAGCAAAAUCACAGAAUAGUGAUAACAUUGUAGUGUGUUUAGAUGACUGUAAAGCUAUUUUCUGGCUGAUGUAUGUCAUUAAGCAUAAUUUCAAGGAUGAAGUUGUGAUAUCGAGACUGCUAGCAGAACUUGCACGUGCACCCAACUCAGUCCGAAAUUGUAUUGGUUGGACUCAAAUUGAACUGCUGGAGUUUUUGAGAAAAUAUAGCAGAAUAUUCAGUGUCGAUGAAACUACAGGCGUCAUUGAAUUACAUUAUACUAACAAACUCAAUCUAUUCAUUGCUUCUAGACAUGUAAAUGAUUCCUCGUGUGGUCUAAUAAUGUCUCAAAAAGGUUGCAUCUUCUGUGUGAAUAGACUUUGGGGAAUUAUCGAUCUUGGGUUCCACGAGCAUGUGUUUUUCGACAGGUCAUUAUUCAAAAAUGUUAUGGAUCUUACUAAACACUUCAAGGUUAAAGAGAUUGUCUACUUCAAUGCUGUUUUAGCGCCCAAAGACUCUCGUGCAAAAUGGCGAGCUACAUGUGUAUGGAAAGAAACUGAUCAGAUUAUUAAUCAACUAUCGAAAAUCAAUCAUUCUGACAGUGGUAUAGUACAAUCACCACCACCAGGAUCAUCCUCAGAACAACAACAACAACACAAUCGUCAACUACAAUCAACUGAUGAUCCUGAUUCAGGAUUAGAUAAUUCUGAUGAACUUACAGAUCAUAAGAAAAAGUUGAUGAACAGUUCUACAAAAAGAGAUAGUUCAAUAAAAGCUUUAUUUGAUGAAGAUGAUUUAUCCUCUGAAUACGAGUUUAUUAUUAAUCAAUUCGCUAAUGUUCGGAUGGUUGAUGUCUGGGAGAUUGAACAGUUUACGAGUCAAGGGAAACAUACCAAUAGUCAAAUCAGCACUAACAGUGUUGUGACCAAUGACAGUAUCACUAAUCAUCAUAAUGAUCGGCAUCAUCAACAAGCACCAACACCACCACCCCAACAACAACAACAUCAUACUAGAACUGGUCAUCCUAUGGCUUCACCACACAAUCCAAGUGAUCUAGAUCGAAGUUCAUCAGUGAGUAGUGAAUCAUUGUCAGAUUUGAAUACUCUAUCAGAAAUACCGAGUAUUAUGUCCGGUAUACAACCGGAACCACCAAUGGUGACAAGACCUUUAAGCUAUGCGGAAAGCACUCUAAGUAAUAAUGAUGAUACUAAUUGUGACUCCAGCUCUAAAAUACUUAUGAUGCAUAAACCAGGUUGUCCAUGUAAAUGUCUAUUAUCCACAACAGAAUAUUCAUUGAUGUCACAAGGCAAAGCAAAGAAAAAUAGUGUCACUACACAAACCCUAUUUACAGGUGAUAUUAAAGGGAAGUUGGUUUAUCAUGAAACUCAAGAGACUGGUAAUCAUCAUUCUUGAAUAGUUGAUUAUUAUUAUCAUUAAUUCAUCUAUUUUUUAUUAAUCCCUCUCUUCUAAAACAACUCUAUUUUCCUAUAAUAUACACCUAUAUAUACAUAUAUGCUUUGUGUGUCUCCUUGUUCGAGACCUUUAUUUCAUCCAGUAAAAUAAAUUAAAAAUCGUUCUUGUAUGUGUACUCAGGUAUAGUUCAAUUCUCACAUCUUAUCUUGAAAGACGAGUUGUUGUUGACCGAGAAAGUCUUCUGAUGUCAUUUCUAUUUGUAUUGACAUGACACAUCCGUUUUUUUAACGAGUAUGACAAAUGCAACUGUUGAGUGUGUGUUUGUGUGCAUGUUUCAUCUUCACUGUCUCUACAUAUAUACCAUGGAUACCACCUUGUUGAUACUACUGACCCUACGAUCAACCAUGAUAUCUUCAAGCUUCUAUAUUUUUAAUUCAUCACUAUCUGUUCUAUGAGAUAAAAAAAAGAGUAUACAAAAUGACAUUUUUAUAAAUGUAAUUCAUAGAUAUCCUCACAUAUUGCUUACAUCAUAAAUAGUUGCUCUCCUCCACUGUUUUCAUCAUACCUGAACUCUUCCUAACUAUGCCUAUUUAUUCUUUUCCUUCAACGUUAACAAGAUGCAUUUGAUCCGUUUUACACACACGCAAACACUCAUAAACACACUUAUUUUGUUCUGAUUCUUCUGAGUAUAUAUGAGUAACAAGUAACAAAGAUAAUUGCGCUCUAACCUAUUGAAGUAUGGGCGAAUUUCAGUAGUAUCAUCAAUUGUCCGCCUCUCUCUCUCUCUAUCUCGCUCUCACCCAUACAAUAGAUUUCUGGUUCGAAUUGGCUGGUACAUUUAAAACGUCCGCUCCACAUAACUAAGAUCAAAUAAAUAAAUAAAUAAUUCACAUGUAGGGCCAUUCACUUGCUUAGUACUUUUUAUUUCCAGUGUAUACUGGUGGAUUGGGGAACUUGAUGGUUCCCUUGAAUUGAUUGUGAUGCAAGGAGUUUACUAUGCUUUCAUUCCUAUCAAAUCUUGAAAGGAAAAAAUAUGAAUGUAAUGUUUAGUUUUAUUCUGUUUUUCCCUCUUCCCGCUAUUCGUCGAUGAAUUUUACUAGUGUAAUCGAAACCCCUUCAUUCCUGAGGGCUGUGAUCAUACAUAUAUAAACAAACAACAUUUCCUGCUCUUCAUACAUACUUAUAUAUAUUUCUACAAUGACAAAAAUUAAAUAGAAACUUUUCUUACUUUCCUUUGUAUUUUGCUAUUGUUUUCUAUUGUUCCCCAAUUUGAUCGUCCCCUGACCUUCACCUUCACCUCCUCUUUGCUAUUUUGUUUUGCUCUAUGUAAAAUGGCUUGUGUUAUUAGUAUAUUCAUUCAAGAAUAUAGAGUGACACUAAAAAACGAUGCUAUUAGUUUGAAAUAAUGUAUAAUGUACUAAUUUGUAGUGAUAAUAAUAAUUAAUGACUUUACUAUUAUUCUAACUGUAAUCGUAGUAAUGAGAAGACAAUUUCAAUGUCAUGAUGAAUAUGUAAGUUUAUAAUAUAAAGAAUAUAUUCAAAAAAAGAAUAAAUAUUGUUUUGCUUUCGUU